CUUUUUCAAGAAGAAACGGAUAAGGGCUGUCAGAUUCGGCUCAAUCACCCAGACACGUUACAGCAGUGUGGCUUCAACUCCUCUCUGCCUCUGGUGAUGAUAAUCCACGGGUGGUCGGUGGAUGGCUUUCUGGAAGACUGGAUCUGGCAGAUGGUUGCCGCACUGAAGUCUGGGCUGGCCCAGCCAGUGAACGUGGGGCUGGCGGACUGGCUCACCCUGGCCUACCACCACUACACCAUGGCUGUCCACAACACCCGCCUCGUGGGCCGCGAGGUGGCCGCUCUCAUCCGGUGGCUGGAGGAAUCUGUUCAAUUUUCUCGAAGCAAUGUACACCUAAUUGGGUACAGCCUGGGUGCACAUGUCGCAGGAUUCGCUGGCAGUUACAUCGGCGGAAAGCACAAGAUCGGGAGAAUUACAGGGCUGGAUGCCGCGGGCCCUCUGUUUGAGGGAUCUUCGCCCAGUGACCGUCUUUCACCAGAUGAUGCCAAUUUUGUGGACGCCAUUCACACCUUUACCCGGGAGCACAUGGGCCUGAGCGUGGGCAUCAAACAGCCCAUAGCACACUAUGACUUCUACCCCAAUGGGGGCUACUUCCAACCUGGCUGCCACUUCCUACAGCUCUACAAACACAUUAGCAAGCACGGCUUAAAUGCCAUCACUCAGACCAUAAAAUGCUCCCACGAGCGCUCAGUACACCUCUUCAUCGACUCCCUGCUGCACGCCAGCAUGCAGAGCACGGCAUACCAGUGCAGCGACAUGGGCACCUUCAGCCAGGGCCUGUGCCUGAGCUGCAAGAAGGGCCACUGCAACACGCUGGGCUACCACGUCCGCCAGGAGUGGCAGGGCAAGAAGAGCAAGAAGCUCUUCCUCGCGACGCGGGCCCAGUCCCCCUUCAAAGGUGAGUGUGGGUGGCCCAUGAGGCAGCCACUCUUCGGAAGGGUCAGAAGUUCCCCUGAGUCUUUUCCUGCGGCUACUUCAGGCUCUGCUCUUUCAGUGCUUCUAAAACCAAAGAUUCCAGAUGGUGAUGUGGACACGGCCUCUCUCUCGUGUCCACCUUGCUGCCAAGUGCUAGGAGGAGAAAACUUGAUACUUUCUGGAACAAUCCUUGGGUCAGCCUCUCUUCAUCCAUCCAUGUUCAUGGUGCCCUAGAAUGUUAGAUCCGGAAGGCCCUGAGCAGUUACUCUGACCACCCAGGUCUCACUGUGCAAGGACCUGGAGGUGUCUUCAAACCCCAACUAGAAGCAAGUGCUCUCAGCUCUGCUCACAGCCUCCGUGGGAAAAAAAAAAAAAAAAAAGAGCAAGGCUCCAGGCUAUGUUUAUAGCUUCUCAUUUCCUCUAAAGUUUGGAUCAGCCGAUCUUACAGGACAUUACUGCUCUACUGAGACCCUCCCAAGAUGAAGUUUGGCUUCUUCCAACUUUCACAAUCAGAUCCUUAACCUCAGGGCAGAAACCAAGCCCCGACCACUCUGGGUUGAACCAGAGGUCAGAGCCGUGGCCUCGUUUGGGGCUGGAGCCAGCAGAGAAAUGCUCCAGUGAAGCCAGAGUUGUGUCCUCCUUGAGUGAACAAGCUGACAUCUGUUGCUAUUAACAUUUCUGUCUAAUCCUUUAAACAGCUCAUGAGUGAUUUAGCGUCUUACUGUUUCACUGCACAUGCUCACCGGUGCCGGGAGGAGCUCGGCCCUGCACUGUUUGAUUAUUACCGUGCAGAAUAUUUGUAGCUGCAGAAGGUGAACACGCCAUCACCACCACUUUGCAUUUAUGUGUACCGCAUUUUAUACAAAACAUCAGAUGCAGCCGUCAACUCUUUGUGGUCCCCACAGCAGCCAAGCAAGGUCAGCAGGGCCGGUUAUGAUCUCAUUUUAAAGAGGAGGGAAGCACAGCUUGGGUGGAGUGACCCACCCACGGCCAUACAGCCUGGAAGGAGGCCAAGAGCCAGGUGCAUCCGACCCCCAGCCUCUAUUCCUUUUAUUAUCACACUAGCAAGUUCAAGUUCCCAGGCGAUUUAUUUUUUAGGCACAGGAUUCCUGUUUAUCUGAACUUCUGCUCUCUAGC